CUCACCAAAGGAAACAUGUCCACAUCUUUUUCUUUUCAGGCACAGCUUGUCUCCAUAAUGGACGCGUUGUCCAAAGCAGCUGUAAUGGAAAUAAGCAAACUUGUAGAGAUCGAAUCGAAGAUGUUGAAAAUAGAGAUAACUCGAGGGCGAAAUGAAAUUGCCUCGCUGACAGAGAAACUGCAGCUGAUGGAGAAGUUACUUCACAUGGCACAGGGGCGCAGUCAGGAUGCUGCUGGAGCAUCCGUGGUGAGAGAAGCUGCAGAAAACGAUGCAUUUUUGUCAUCUGACAGAACAAGACCUGUCAUAAAAAGUGCACUGCAUCCUAGUGAAACUCUGCUGGAAAACAUAUCUUCCUCAACUGAGAUGAGCAAUUUGCAUCAAGGUGAAGAACAUGGUUUAACUGAAAUGCCAAACUCAGUAAUGGAGCAAACUAUGCUGAUAGUAGUAAAAGCGGAGCCGUCAGAUGUGGGCAAUGAAAACACUGGCCAAGAUCGAACAAGUGAAAACAGGUGGGAAGCAGUCACAAACACUCAAAAGAGUCCAAAUGUGAUGCACCAUUCAAAACCCAUCGCAGAACUUCGGCAACCUCCGUUCACCAAUAGAUUUGUGGCUCUGGGCACCCAGCAGUCAGUUGACGAAGCAGCAGGCGAGCUGUACCAAUUUCCCAUAAUCCUUUGCGGUCGAGCCGUAUCAAGAUUUUUUAUUAAAGGAACAACGUUGCAACGGUCGGAAUCGAGCCAAAUUUGCCCAAAUCUUCAGGCUGUCUCUGACGAUAUGAUGUGCGACAACUCGAACAGGAGUUUUCGGACACAGCUGGCCGUCAUCCUGGACAAGCUAACAAAGACGGCUUUGGUUGAAAUCAGCAGUCUGGCGGAUGAGUGCUCCUCCGUCCUUCACACCGAGAUAUCUCUGCACAAGACGGAGAACGAGGCGCUGAAGAAGAGAUGUUACUCACUGGAGGUCCAGCUGAGAGCAGCCAGGGAGGGACAGUGUUACCCUGGACAUUUCAACAACACUAUGAACCGCAGACAACUUCCAGAUCAGCACCAAUCUACUCCAGCCAUUGAUGGGGUGUUUGGGAAAGACUGGUGCAUGGACCUGUGGAGAGACGACAAGCAGCCUCCUCAAAGAAAAGAGCACAUGGAGACCGCCGCAAUGACAAACAUAGAAGUAACAGCCAUGAUGGGACGAGAACCAGAUCUCGUCUUUGUUAAGGAGGAGACGUAUGAUGAUCAUCCCAUUGGUCAACAGAUCGUGCUUACUGACAGCCAGAAAAUUGUUGGGAUGUUCGAGGAUGACGGUAUCUUUCACAGGUCUGUUGACGAACUUCAACUUCAUUCAGGAGAGUUGAACAAUUUCGCCAUGAUGUCUGAAAGUCAAAUGCAGCAACGCACACAGCCAACAAUCGCAGACAGAUUAAUAGAUAGCGCAACACUGAGCAGUCUGGCUGAAAACGCAAAUCCUCCUCCUCCAGCCGCUGUGGAAAACUCCGACUACACCAACAGUAUCCAGACGAACGCAACCAAAGAACUCUCUUUUCUGCCAAAGCCAAUUAAGCCAGCAAAGCGGUUCGAGUGUUUAUUCUGCGGGAAAGUCUUUAACUAUUUGAGCAGUUUGAAAGUCCACAUUAGACGACACUCUGGAGAGAAGCCCUUUAGCUGCUCGGUGUGCGGAAAGCGCUUUGCUCAGAAAACGUACCUGAAGCUGCACCAGAGAGUGCACUCUGGUGAAAAGCCUUACAGCUGUCCAGACUACCACCUGUCCCAGAGAAUACCAAAAGAGUUCACCUGGGCAGGUGCUCCUGGCUAA